CCACUUUAGUUCUGUACACACCAGUAAUAGCGUUCAAUGACAUGCCAAAAGUCGCCGCACUUUACGCCCGCACCUGCAAACUGCCACAUGCGUCAUCAUUCCCAAGAAUCUUCAGAAUCCACCAGCGCUUUCGAUCGGGACGGGAGCUACUAACUACUCCUCAGCUCCUUCACUCGUAUAUCCAUUCGCGAUUCGUGUAGAUUCGCUAUGGAGAGCACUGCAUUACUCAGAGCCUUUCUAUCAGCUGACAGAGGAGCAUUUUCUCACCUUUUCACUUCCAGAGGUUGCUUUCCCGUCUUACGGCAAACGAAACCUGUUCGAAGACAGAACCUGCUUAGUCAUUAUCGGCUGUAACAGCAACCCCUGACAGCCUUUCCUCGAGGCUCCGUCGUAGAGCCUCUUCAAAGCCGACCAAAAGCCUAAGCUCAUUAGCCGCACUGACCGCACUGCUGAACAGUGUACAUCCCUCGCUUGAGUCACCCCCCGUUGGUGACGCACUGGGAAUCCGUCACAAGGUUGUGAGUCCCCUUCCCCCACCGAACACCCCCUCACCCCCGCUACCCCCGGCCCCAUCUAUGGGGGGCUGCGUGGGCAAGCCGCCGCUCUCCCCUCCGUGCCUUCCCCGCGACAGCUUCUUCGACGGCCCGCGCGACGCUGGCGGAAGUUGUAGAAACGGCGCGUACGAAUCUGCGGCGCGACAUAGACUAAAUUCCGCCGGCGCUGCGGCGGCAGCACCGGCGGGAAUAAUAGUAGCGCCGCCGCCGCUCGAGAGAAAAUCCAGCGGCGGGGUGCAGCGGCACUCCGAGUCCGCGCAACUCCCCCCGUCGCAGAAGCAGCCUUGGGCGCAACCUUCCGCCGCCUGCGCGGACCCGCCGCUGCCCGGAGCGGACGACCAUGCGGGCCGGCGGAGCGAGGAGGGCGCGUCGGGAUUCCUCCCCGGAUCGCCCCCCGACAGCUCCGAGUGGCAAGUCAACGAGCCGCUCGAUCUGUCCGUUAUCACGGGCCGCACCGCCAUCCCCACGCCUCCGCGCAGCGGCACCGCUUCCAACCGCGGCGGCGGCGGCGGCGGCGGCGGCCGUGCCGGCGGUAGCGCAGCUCCCGGAGCGCGGCAUUCUGGGGAAUCCCGGACCGCGCAUUUGGUGACAGUACCUACGCAUAUCGCGGGGCAAGCCGUGCCGCUACUAUCGCGGUUCGACGGCGACGAGUCGCGAGACGGGUCGCGGCAGAGCCAGGCGUCGCGCGCCGGCAGCAGCAGCUUAUGCCGGCCAACGACGGGCGGCUCGGUGGGCGGCACGGCGGCGACAAACCCGCCGCUGUACGCGCGGAUGGCGGGGAGCAUGCACGGCGCGGGGGUGCUGAGCGGCGGGGGAAUCGUGGGGGGAGGGGGGAGCAGCGGGUACGGGAGCGGAGGGGGGGAUUCGAUGUGCGGCGGCGUGGUGGUGGGCAUGGGCAGCUCGUCCAUGCACGCUGGCGCCAUGUCUGGGGGCGGGUCAGGACACGGCAGCACCGUGGCGCUCAGGGCGGCUCAGGCAGCGAAGCUGAGAGCCAGCCGCACGGCGCAGGAGCGGCACAACGUGCGCAUCGUGGGGUCGGGGCCCGACCUGCUCGUGCUCUCGCACGGCUUCGGCUUCAACCAGGCCAUGUGGGCGCAUGUGUUGGAAUCGUUUGACACCGCUCUGUACCGCAUUGUGCUCUACGACCUCACUGGCGCUGUUGGCUCUGACGCGGACGCAUUUGACUUCCAGCGCUACAGCACGCUGCACGGCUUCGCUGAGGACCUGCUACAGCUGCUCACCGAGAUGGGCGUCGAGGGCGACUGGGGGCAGCAGUGCACGCUAGUGGGGCAUGGGCAGAGCGGCAUGAUUGCGCUUUUAGCCGCCAUCGAGCGCCCAAAGCUCUUCAAGCGCAUCGUGCUGCUCGCCUCCUCCCCCAGGCUGCUGGAAGCGCCCCCGGAAUAUGAGAGCAGUUUUGGCUUGGCAGACCUAGAUAAGGUCUUUGGCAUCAUGCAGGGAAACUUCCGGCUGUGGGCCAAGGGCUGUGCGCCGGUCCUCAAUGCGGACGAUGUGAAGGCGGCCCACGUGCGCGAGUUCACGCGCCCGCUCUUCUCGCUGCGGCCCGACGUGGCCUUCUCGUGCCUCAAGACCAGCUUCGCAUGCGACCUCCGAGAAGUGCUGCCGCAGGUGGAGGUGCCAGUGCACAUGCUGUUCUUGGAGGGAGAUCCAACCACCCCCCCGGCUGUAGCAGCUUACAUGCUGCGCCACAUGCCCGGCGCUACAGCCGAGGUCCUCCCUGCCAGGUCCGUGCACCAGCAGCCGGAUGCUGUAGCGGACGGCAUUCUUCGGCUGCUUCAGGCUGCCCCAGAGAACUCGAGUGGGUCUCAGGUGAUUGGUGGUGGGGUGGAGUUGGCUUCCCCGCCCUUUGAUGCCUGGAGUACACCCAUGGAAGUAGAUAUUAUAUAAAUACAAUCGUUUAUAUGGUAGGUAUAAUAAAUGGAGGGGCAUGCAGUUAGUAGGCUAUUUGGGUGGUGUUGGGCUGAGAAAAGCCCUUAGGAUCUUUUGCAGAGACUAAGUCCCAGCUGUAGAGACUUGAGACUUGGAGUAGUGCAGCGGAAGUUGAGACAGUUGAACCCUUGUACUAGUAUCUCUCAUACCAUGUUGGGCUGAGAAAAGCCCUUAGGAUCUUUUGCAGAGACUAAGUCCCAGCUGUAGAGACUUGAGACUUGGAGUAGUGCAGCGGAAGUUGAGACAGUUGAACCCUUGUACUAGUAUGUGAGAACAACUCUCAUACCAUGUUGGGCUGAGAAAAGCCCUUAGGAUCUUUUGCAGAGACUAAGUCCCAGCUGUAGAGACUUGAGACUUGGAGUAGUGCAGCGGAAGUUGAGACAGUUGAACCCUUGUACUAGUAUGUGAGAACAAGUGAUUGAUUAAAGAAACAAGCAUACA